AUGGCUCUCGUUUCUCUCUUGCUUUGCCUUCAAAGCAUUGCCAUUCAUGCCCUUCUCAGUUAUGCCCUUCCCAAUAUUACUCACACCCUUGAGGCGAGGCAGUCGAACUCGAAGCUUGUCUUUUGUCAUUUCAUGGUUUGUGCUCUCGAUUCUACCACUUCACUGACCGUAUUUACUGGAUUCCAGAUCGGAAUCACCUCGGACAGAACCAGUUCAGGCGAUUACGACGACGACAUGAAACGUGCCAAAGCUCUCGGGAUCGACGCCUUCGCUCUCAACAUCGGUGUUGAUCCCUAUACCGACACUCAACUUAACUUUGCUUAUGACUCUGCCGCAGCAAAUGGCAUGAAAGUCUUCAUCUCUUUCGACUUCAAUUGGUACCACACCUCUGACGGCUCCGCAGUGGGAGCCAAAGUCGCACAAUACGCAUCUCGGCCCGCGCAGUUGAUGGUCAAUAACAAGGUCUUCGUUUCCUCUUUUGCAGGGGAUGGUGUGGAUGUGGACGCGAUUCGGGCUGCUGCUGGGAGGGAUGUUUAUUUCGCUCCGAACUUCCAUCCUGGGCAAGGUAAUUUUGGUGUGAUUGAUGGAGCGUUGAAUUGGAUGGGUUGGCAGAACGAUGGGAAUAAUAAGGCGCCAAAGCCCGGUAAGCUGAUCACGGUCGAUGCUGGGGAUAAGGCCUAUAUUUCGGCCCUUGGUGGGAAGGGGUACAUCGCCCCCGCUUCUCCCUGGUUUUUUACCCACUUUGGCUCGGAAGUCUCUUACAGCAAGAACUGGGUCUUCCCUGGAGACUUUCUCUGGUACUUGAGGUGGGUUGAAAUCCUCGCUCUCAAGCCAACCUUUGUCGAAAUUGUUACCUGGAAUGAUUAUGGCGAAUCGCACUACAUCGGUCCUCUUGCGUCGAAACACACCGACGACGGAGCGUCGAAAUGGAUCAAUGACAUGCCCCAUAUUGGAUGGCUUGAAAUGUCCAAGCUCUUCAUCGCUGCGUACAAAGCAGGUGCCAACUCUGUCAAUUCCUUCAUCGCCGAAGAAAAGCUCGUGUAUUGGUACCGCAUCACACCCAAGGAUCUUAACUGUGAUUCCACCGACACAACAAUGGGUCCAGCGAACAAUGCCAGUGGGAAUUACUUCAACGGUCGACCCAACGGUUACGAGACAAUGAAAGACGAGGUCUUUGUUGUCGCUCUCCUUCGAUCAGCCGGCACAGUUCGGGUCAACUCUGGUGGUACACUUUACACUUUCGAUGCACCCGCGGGUGCGGCCGCUUUCAGCGUACCAUUCAAAGUCGGAUCUCAGAGCUUCUCGCUGGUCAGAAAUGGUGUGGAAGUCUUGGGUGCCACGAGCUUCAAGGUCAUUCAGAAUACGUGUCCCUGCGGCUUGUACAAUUUCAACCCCUAUGUUGGAACUGUGCCGGAGGAAGCGAGGGAUGUUUUGGGUCCGGAUGGGUUCGCGGCCUUUAACAACGGACUGAAAGUCGCGUGUAAUCCGACUCCAAGUUUGCCUGCUACGCCACCGGCGACAACUGCGGCUAGCACGACUAUUAGGGCCACUGCUGCGCCUACUUCUACGCCGGUUUAA